AUGGUUCGGGCCAUACAAAAUCUAGUGGGUGGAAAAAUCACAGCGCCAGAAAUUAGACGUCUUAAGCUUUUUGAGGGAACAGACGAGGAAGAAAGCUGGAACUUCAAGAUACGUAUCGCGCUUUCUUUAAACAGAACUGACGUCCUUCCAGAAAAUAUGUUCUCUCGUGUUCAUUGGAAGGAUAAGAAGGGAAUGAAAGAGUUAGUCACCAGGUGUCUCAUGGAGAACAACACGGAUUUCAUUAGUCUACUUGUGGACUCAGGCUUUCCCUUGCACGAAUAUGUCGAUGACAACUUGCUUGCCAAGCUCUAUAAGGCGGAUUUUACAAGCAAUGAUCCAAGAGCCCAAAUCUUCAGGAAUUAUGUCCGCGCCCUAAUAACGAUUCCAAAAAUGUUUCGGUGGUCACAAAUAGGACAAAUUGUAGCUGACAUCCUCGGGUUUCAACCUGGAGUACAGCUGACGCCAGCAAAGCCGAGAGUUCGAAGGGUUAAUAGUUAUGAAGUUCUAUUGAAUGCGUCAAGUAGCAACCAACUUGAAUCUUUUCCUGGAGAAGAAAGUCUACUUCAAUUACUGAUUUGGUCAUUCCUUUGUCGUCGUUUCGAUCUCUCUCACCUUAUUUGGACCCUCAUGAAGGAUGCCAUUUCCGCAGCUCUCAUGUUGGCAUGCUUUGCAAGGAGAAUGCGUUCUCAACAACAAUCUCAACGAGAGGUCGACGAACUAGAUAAGAUGGCUGAGUUCUAUGAAAUAAGUGCACUAGGAAUCCUGGAGGAAUGUCAUGUGACAGACUCACAGGUCACUUUAACGAUGCUCUGUACCAUGAGACCUCUCUACGGAAAUCUCUCCCAACUCCUCUUAGCCGAGGAAAGCCAAUCCAUGAACUUCAUUGAACACCAAGCCUGCCAAACUUGUAUUGAUAAUAUGUGGAAUCAGCAUCUAAGUUCCACCAUUCAGCCUAUAUCGUAUUUGAUUAGUCUUGCUGCCGGUGUAAUCUUACCACCGCUAGUGCCCUUCUUGGUUGAUUACAACUAUUCUGAAUCAAGACGCUCUGAAAAGCAUGACCAUGGCCUCAUAAAUUCUAAUAAGGCCAAUGACAAGAGCAGGACUCCUUCCAAGUCAAAGUACAAAACAAAGUUUCUUGACUUUUACCGAGCACCCUGCGUUCGAUUCGCCUACAGUGCUUACGUUUCAGUUCUCUUUCUGGGCCUCUAUUUCUAUUUCCUGCUGGCUGUAAGAACGGAUACUGAUGUCUCUGUGGUGGAAAUUAUACUGCACUCUUCGUCUGUUUGUCUCAUAGUUCAACAUAUCGUUUCCUCAAUAGAAGGCAACAAUUCGUUGAAACAGUACUUCAGCAACAUCUGGAAUAGAUUAGUGCUGGUGACAGUGAGCUUCUAUAUAAUUGGCAGUCUGCACUACAUUGAUUCUCACGUGCGUAGUUUCGAUGUUCUUGCAGUUAUAUCACGUCUCUUCCUCUCAUGCUGUCUACUAUUUGCCUGCGCCUUCACACUUCACUUCUUUGUGGUCUCGAGAUAUAUCGGUCCAAAACUGAUGAUGAUCAUCACCAUGACCAAAAGAGACAUGCUGCCAUACAUGGCGAUAGUCUGCGUUUUCUGGAUGAUGUUCAGCCUCUUCACGGUAUCCAUUAUCUUCAAACCCACUGGGACGGUCAGUCUUGAACAACAUGGACAUAAUAGCUUCGUAAUUAUUCGCAACUUCUUCUUCGCAAUGUUUGGGGAAUUUAAUUUGCCCGAUAAUGUCUUGGAAAUCGAGUCUUAUGAGGAGAACUGCCCUCGAUUUGGUGACUGUACCUACGCUGGAGCUAAGUACAUUUACCCUGUCAUCAUGAUGAUCUACGUGCUUCUGACUCACGUUCUUCUUCUUAAUCUUCUGAUCGGUAUGUUCACCAAGCGCUAUUCUCGAAUGGAACACAUUUCAAAACAGCUAUGGGCAAUGCAAAAAUUUGGUUUAGUGAAAUCUUUCGCCAGAGCACCACCGAUGCCUUUCCCCUACGUUAUCGUGUGGCCGUUCUACUCGAUUUUCCGUCUCAUUUAUCGUAUCUACCGACGCAAGACUAAC